UUUUACAAACAGCAUAGUAUAGUUAUGUCUAAGGCUGUCUUGUUACCAAGAGCUGGAGGGAAACUGAUAGCCCAACACAGCAAAGAUGUCAGCAUCAAUACGGAGGGGGUGAAGAAGCUGGCAGCCAUGCUGCUGGAAAAAGCAAAGAAGAGGGAAUUCUUUAUUGGCAGUUGGCGAGAUCACACCCUGAAUCCUAAGACAUCAGAUGAGAAAGCUAUAAAUUGGAUUUUCCUAUGUGAUACUCUCAACUUUUCUUUCUGGUCCAAGGAUGAGAACAAUAAAUUCAUGGUUCGGUAUAAAGGCAAAGAAUACACAGGAUAUUGGUCCCUAUGUGCCGCCAUCAACAGAGCAAUAGACGAAGGCACACCAAUUACCGAUCCCAAUUACUACAGCAAAAUGACCAUGGACCAGUUAAAGCAUGUAAUGCGUUCAGACUCUGCACAACAAAUGCCUCUGUUGGAGGAAAGGCUUUGUGUGGUGCAUGAGGCAGGGAAGGUUUUGGUUGAAAAAUAUAAUGAAUCAUUUGUGACGUGUCUCAAACAAGCCAACCAGAGUGCACAAGAUUUGCUGAAACUUGUAGUGAGGGACUUUUCUUCAUACAGGGACGAAGUAGACUUUGAGGGACAGAAAGUCGGCAUAUACAAAAGGGUUCAGAUCCUAAUAGCUGACAUUUGGGCAUGCUGUUUAGGAGAAGGAUUGGGAAACUUUGACGAUAUAGACACAAUUACCAUGUUUGCUGAUUACAGAAUUCCCCAGGCUUUGGUGUACUUUGGGGUGCUGGAAUACUCUGAUGCAUUGUGGGAAAUGUUAAAGAGUGAUGCUACAUUCCGAAGCGGUGACAGGCUGGAAGUCGAAAUCAGAGGAUGUUCCAUCUGGGCAACAGAGCUGGUAAACCAGGAGAUCCAGGAUUUAAUGGCGGCAGAUGAGGCCUGCGGGGACAUCACGGUGAACUCUAUUUUAAUUGACCAUUUUCUAUGGGACUACAGGAGAGAGCAUGCAGAGGAAAUGAACAGCAUUCCUAUACAUAAGAUUAGGUGUAUAUAUUACUAAGAGGGUUUACUUUAAAGAUCUCUAAAUAGAUUAGGUCAUACUGAGGGGAAAUUUUGUAUGGUAAUCAAAUACCAGUGAUACUGUUUUGAUACCCACACAGGUAAAGGUAAAUAUAACUGAGCUUUUUAUAAAUUUUGAGUUUAAAUAGAUUAAUUUACACAAAUUUGUGUGUACCAAUUACAAGUUACAACAAUGACUAGGUCUUUUCAAUGGGGGGGGGGGGAUUAAUUAUCAGUCAUUUCAAACAGUCUUCCUUUAUUGCUUUAAGUACAUCAUUGCCUUGCAGUAUCACAUCAGAUUAUAAUAGGUGAGGAGAAUAAAAUAUCAAGCAACAAGUAGGUUAUUUGUAACAGCAAUAAUCUCAGUUGUGCAAUACUCGGAUAUGUUAUACUUAUUGUAUCUAAAAAUGGUGACCGGUAUGCAUUGUAUUAUAUGGGCAGUAUAAUAACAAUCUUAACAAGGUACUUCGUUAAGGCAAAGUAAUUAAUACAUUUAUGUCACAUUUAAAGCAAUAUUGGACAAGAAAAUCCUAUUGUCGAAUGGUGCAUGGUAGAUGAUUGUAAAAAGGAGCCAUUUUCAGAUCUUUGCAAAUAUGUACAAUGUUGUCUACAAUUGUCUUGGAUUGAAAACUUGAUUAUCUGUAAACAGAGAAAUAUCACAAGAAAAACAACAGAUCAUACACAAUUUGUUUAGUUUAGUCACAACUAAAUUGCUAAUUGUUCAGAAAUAUAUAUAUUAUACAGAUAUUCACAUAUGAAUAUUCUUCAAAUUCUAAAAUAGAAAAAAAUCAAUAAAACUUUCUAAAAAUAUGACAGGCUUGCUAUUUUUGUAACAUUUCUGGAAUACUUAUCAAGUUAUCAGUUGCUGAUAUGAAAUA